AUGGCAUCUUCAUCCAACAACGACCCAGAAGAUAAUGUAGAAAAUUUAUUUGAAGAGUAUUUUGAAGAACAAAUCGAAGUGAUGUACAACAACAUAGUCGAGUAUCAACCUACUUUGCCGAGGAGACGAGCAUACAUUGAAAGAAACCGCGAGGAAGGACACAACCGUUUAUGGAAAGACUAUUUCAGUGCGGAGCCGACAUAUCCACCUCACUAUUUUAGGCGCCGCUUCCGAAUGAACCGACCAUUAUUCACGGGGAUUGUUAAUCGCCUUUCCAAUGAAGUUCCGUAUUUUCAACAUAGAAGAGAUGCAGUAGGACGGUACGGGCUAUGUCCGUUACAGAAAUGUACUGCUGCGAUUCGUAUGUUGGCUUAUGGUUGUGCGGGUGACAUGGUUGACGAAUAUCUCCGCAUGGGUGAGACCACUGCCUUAUUGUGUUUGGAAAAAUUUACUGAAGGAAUCAUAAAUUUAUAUGGAGAGGAGUAUCUACGAAGACCUACACCAGAAAAUCUUCAACGACUACUCGAUAUCGGAGAGGUACGCGGUUUUCCGGGGAUGAUAGGAAGCAUUGACUGUAUGCAUUGGGAGUGGAAAAAUUGUCCACACUCUUGGAAAGGACAGUACUGUCGUGGUUCUGGUACUUUGAACGAUAUUAAUGUCCUUGAUCGGUCUCCGGUUUUUGAUGACAUUUUACAAGGUCGAGCUCCAAGAGUUGAGUUCAUCGUCAACGGUCACAAAUACCAUAGGGCGUACUACCUCACCGACGGUAUAUAUCCAAAGUGGCCUACCUUUAUCCAAUCCAUCUCUAUUCCUCAAGGUCCUAAGGCGGAGUUAUUUGCACAAUGUCAAGAAGCCGCCAGAAAAGAUGUCGAGCGGGCUUUCGGAGUCUUGCAAGCUCGUUUUGCAAUUGUUAGAAACCCGGCUCUUCUUUGGGACAAGGAAAAAAUCAGCAACAUUAUCAGAACAUGUAUCAUCCUACACAAUAUGAUAGUGGAAGAUGAACGAGACGGAUACAGUCAAUUUGAUACAUCUAUAUUCGUAGAAGGAGAAACAAGCAGAAGUUCAGAGGUGGAUUUCUCGUUCUCUACAAACAUGCCUACGAAUCUCGGGGUGUUUGUUGACGAGAUGAGGGCACUAGUGGCUAGAAAUCUUGAAGGGGGCGUUAAUGUGCAUCCGAAAACAAGUUUAACUCAGUUAUCAGAAUGUUGUUCAAUGCAGGGAAUUGCAAUUGCGCUCAAGACUGGUUGCAACAACCAAAGCACAAUUUGA